AUGGACAACAAGGCCAAGCAGGAACUAAAGUCUCACUCCCUAAACCUCUGGCACAAAUUCUGGAUACCAAAAGGCAGCUUGUGGGGUGAGAAUGAGAGCAGACUGGACUACCUGAAUGGAGAAAGAUUCAACACAUUAAACUCUUAUUACAAGAAGGAUGGCAGGUCUCCAGAUCAGAGGAGCGGGUGGGGAGGCCGGGAAGGAGCGGGAAGGCCGGGAAAGGCCGGGAAAAAGGCGGGAAAGGCCGGGAAAAAGGCCGGGAAAAAGGCCGGGAAAAAGGCCGGGAAAAAGGCCGGGAAAAAGGCCGGGAAAAAGGCCGGGAAAAAGGCCGGGAAAAAGGCCGGGAAAAAGGCCGGGAAAAAGGCCGGGAAAAAGGCCGGGAAAAAGGCCGGGAAAAAGGCCGGGAAAAAGGCCGGGAAAGAAAGGCGGGAAUCGCGGCCGUUGGCGCUGAGGGGAUCGAAGGACGCGGGCGCGAGCGCCCCGCCCCCCCGGCACGUGAUCCCCGUCUUCCUGAAGGACAACCCGUACAUCACCGACGGCUACCGGGCCUACCUGCCCUCCCGCCUGUGCCUCAAGAGCCUCUUCAUCCUCUCCAACGAGACCGUCAACAUCUGGAGCCACCUGCUCGGCUUCCUCCUCUUCUUCACGCUGGGUAUCUAUGACCUGACAGCCGUUCUGCCCUCUGCCGGGGCCUCCCGGGAGGACUUUGUCAUCUGCUCCGUCUGCCUCUUCUGCUUCCAGGUCUGCAUGCUGUGCUCAGUUGGGUAUCACCUGUUCUGCUGCCACCGCUCCGAGAAGACCAGCCGGCGCUGGAUGGCCUUGGACUACGCAGGCAUUUCCAUUGGGAUCCUGGGCUGCUACGUGUCUGGGGUGUUUUAUGCCUUUUAUUGUAACAAUUACUGGCGUCAGGUGUAUUUAAUCACUGUGCUGGCAAUGAUCUUGGCAGUGUUUUUUGCUCAGAUUCACCCCAGUUACCUCACCCAGCAGUGGCACAGGCUGCGUUCCAUCAUCUUUUGCUCAGUGUCUGGAUAUGGAAUUAUUCCCACCAUCCACUGGGUUUGGCUCAACGGCGGCGUCGGGGCAUCUAUUGUACAGGAGUUUGCUCCACGUGUAGUUGUCAUGUACUUCAUCGCUGCUGUAGCUUUUCUCUUCUAUAUUUCCAAAGUUCCAGAAAGAUACUUCCCAGGACAGCUGAACUACCUCGGCUCAAGCCACCAAGUGUGGCAUAUCCUUGCAGUGGUGAUGCUGUAUUGGUGGCAUCAAUCCAUGGUGUACAUCAUGCAAUACAGACACAGCAAGCCCUGUCCUGAGUACAUCACAGACUUGUGA